AUGACUUCUGACAAGGGAUCUGACGGUGAAUCUGGUAUUUUAUUGGCUCCUGAUGUAGGUAAGGAUACAAAAGCUUCUUUGUUUAUGAGUCCCGAAGAAAGUAUUGUGGAUGAUGAAGAUAUUACGUUUUUAAAAUCACACAGUUCCGAUCAAAUUGUUAAAAAAGAAAGCCAAAACAAUGAUUAUCCAAAAGAAUCAAAUGAAAGCCCAAAAUCUGGCGAAGAAAGGGUGAAACGUAGUCAAGACUGGGAAAAACCAACAAAGGCAGCUUCACGUCGGGUUAAAACCGGCGACACUAUUCUCAACAUUCGGGGCUCUAUACGCGACGCCAUCGGUGAUGCCGGGGCCGCACCGGGGCCGCGUCCUUCCACUCGGCUGGACGCCUUCGUCAUACGACCGGCACCGGGGCCCCGAAGACCCAUGUGGGACGAGCCACAGGCGGACUCUGCGCAGGCGGACACCAAGCCAGUCACUUCGCAGAAGCACGAACGUGAACUGCUGGUAGCUGCACACUCGUACGUGCGCAUUCCAUGUGAUCUCAUCAACAUCACAAAUCUGCGGUGGUAUAAGGAUAACGAGGCGGCAGUAUUGUCAUCGACCCUGCCGGCAGCAGAGGGCACUGGCGCUGAUGGUGCCCUCCACAUAGCCCGCGUGGCGCGGCCCCACUCGGCCCGCUGGCGCUGCGCAGGAAUCGACAGCAAGGGGAAGGCGCGCGCCGGACGCCCCACGCGGCUGCUCGUGCACGAGCCAGUCCGUUCGGUAUACCUCGCAGUGGACGGCAGGCGUCUAGACGCUGGCAACACCUGGGUGCCUGUACGUGACAAGACCGUGCUUGAAGUCCGCUGCUUCGCCGAAGGAGGCGUCCCUCCGCCAGACCUUUCAUGGCGUCUACUAGCAUUCGAGUCGGCCCUAGACCAUCGACCAUACUUGCGUGUCUACCAGAGCAACUACUCUAUAGAGGGCGUGCGCUGGUCGCGCGUGGUGGUGACUGCCGCGCGGGAGUUGCACAACGCGACCCUCCGCUGCACCGCUUCCCAGCGGCGCCCCCCUCCCCCCGUCACAGGCCCCGGCGACGCCCCAUCCACCGCGUCCCCGAUCCAACACGACGAGUCCACCGCCAAGCUCGAGAUACACGUCACCUAUCCGCCCUCGUUCGUGAUCUCCCGCUGGCCCGGGUUCGGCAUCUCUCUGCGCGCUGGCUUCGCGGCGGCGUUGCGCUGCGAUGUCGACGCCAACCCGCCCGCGCGCGCCUUCUGGCUCAGGGACGAGGACCGCCCGGCGAGCAGUUCCCCGGACCCCUUGGAGGCGGCCGGGCCCGAGGCGCGCGGCUCGGCCACUCUGCAGUGGGACACGCUGCGGGAGAGCCACGCCGGCUGGUACCGUUGCAGGGCCUCGUGGCUGGACGACGAAUACUCCUCCAUUGGCUAUUACCUAAACGUGCUAUCCUCGGAAGAAUCACAAUUGGAGAACGAAGACGACUCUGAGGAGCCAGAACAUCAAAAAGUGGACGUACCUCUCGGAGGCAACGUGCAACUUCACUGUCCAAAAGGCAGCGUCGGGUGUUGGUGGAGACGGGUGUUGGGCAACGCGAGCGAGGCGUGGGCGCCGGCGGGCUCACAUCACGCUCACGGCGUUCUGGGAAUACGCGGCGCAUUGUACCAGGAAGCUGGAGAGUACCGCUGCGUCGGUACCCGAGGCAACGACUUGCAACGCCUCAGAGAUCUCAAGCGUGUUACACUGCGAGUUACAGGUUCUAAGAAC